AUAAAAAAUGUAAUGAAUUGUUUAAACAUUAUCUUAAUGCUAAAAGGGAUGCAGAAGAAGCAUUUGAAAAUAAGGUAGAAUAUGAGAAUAGUAACGAGAAUUAUUAUGGUUUAACCCUCCUUAAUGAUGAUCCAUAUGGUGAUGAUAUAGUAUUAGAUGAAGAAGAUGAAGAGGGAAUUGAGUUAGAAGAGGCAUGGAGAAAAAAAUGCAUUAUUGCAAAUUCUUCAUUAGAAGAUUUUAAUGAAGUAUCAAGACAAUCAUUGGAAUUUACAAUAUUGAUUCAAGAUAAUAUAUUACAUAGAGCAGUAUCAGUAAGAUAUAUGGAGAUACAGUUUAAAGAACAAUGUUGGGAAGAAGAGGGUAGACGAUUUAGCAACUACAUGGGUACUGAUGACUAUAAAAAACACAAUGACAAAAUGAGAUUUUUAG